UGACUCAACAACAAAGCUUACAUUUCUGUGGUUAUUAAUGUUCAUUAUUAAUUAGUAUGGUUUUGUUUUUCAGAUCCUCUCCUAUCCAUCCUCCAGUUAUCUAUUCACACAACGGCCUGGUGCUAGGGUUGGCUCUGAAUAUGGAAUACAUGCUGUCUCUGAACUUCACCAACUCGUCCCCUGACAGUUACAAUGAAGAGGAAUAUGACAAUGGAAUUGAACGCUGGAGACAAACACUGGUCAUAACAUGUUUCAGCAUAACAUUCCUUUUGGGAACAGUGGGCAAUGGACUGGUUAUAUGGAUCGCCGGAUUCCGAAUGAAAAAGACAGUUAAUUCCUUCUGGUUUCUUAACCUCAGCAUUGCCGACUUUUCUUUCUGUCUUUUUCUUCCUCUACACAUACUUGAUUGGGCAAUGGAUGGCCACUGGCCCUUAGGGCAAGUAAUUUGCAAAGUCAUGUUUACUAGCCUUUUCCUAAACAUGUCCGUCAGUAUCUUUUUCUUAAUGGCCAUCAGUGUGGAUCGCUGCACCUCUGUUCUGUGCCCUGUAUGGUCGAAAAAUCAUAGAUCUGUAAAGUUAGCUAGGAACAUCUCAGUGAUAAUCUGGCUCUCGUGCUUGGCCCUCAGCUCUCCUUAUGUUGCUUUUUAUGAUGUUGAGCAUUACGCAGACAAUAAUAUUACUUAUUGUACAGUCACAUAUGCAGCCUGGGAUAACACAACUUUCUUUGAUUACCAGACAUGGUUUCUAAGGCACAAAGCUAUGUAUAUCACCAGAUUUAUAUCAAUGUUCCUGAUCCCAUUUUCAGUCAUCCUUGUUUGCUAUGGGCUCAUUGCAUUCUGGAUUAGAAGAAGCAGCAAACACCUUGGGUCUAGUCGAACAUUUAAGAUUAUAGUUACAGUUGUCCUUUGCUUCUUUUCCUGCUGGUUUCUUUACCAUUUGUGGCCUCUCCUUGAAUUGAUGGAGGUUGACAUGAACUGGCCCUUUGAUAUUAUAAUGUAUGAUCUUGGCCACUGCUUGGCUUACUUUAACUGCUGUCUCAACCCAAUGAUUUAUGUCUUUGCUGGCAGAGAAUUUAAAAGAUCAUUAAGGAAGUCAAUCCCAUUUCUUCUGGAAAGCACAUUCAGAGAGAGAGGUGAACCUCUUGAAACACAAGAUGACACUGUAGGAACUGAACUGAUGACAUACCAUGCAUGAAAACUCCAUGUCAGUUAUACAAAAGUGGUUCGGCUGAAUUUGAUUUCUAAUACAUAUAGAUGUAUGUAGUGUUAUCCCUAAACUAUAUAUUAGGAUACCCCAGAUCAUUAUUAAAUGAGAUUUAUUUUAUUUAGAGUUGUAAAGCUUAAAGACAGCUUGUAUGGAUUAACAGCUCAGUAGUUGGCUUUAUGUAUUAAGUAUAUUUAUCAAUGUGUUUUUCAGAAAAUGGACACACUCAGCAAAUAUCUUGUGUGACAUUUAUAUCAUUUUAUAUUAUUCUUUGCUUAUAUCUUCAAAAACUGCCUUAAUACAACCAGUAAGUAAUACAAAGUUACUGUACCAUGGGGACUACUUCAUGUAAAUUAACAAAUGAUACGUAACUGAUUUUUUUGCCACCACCCUGGUGCCAAGGUGGUACAUCACAAUAUUUCCGACUUACAGGUCCUGAG